CUAUCUAUUCACAAGGUCAGCCGCAUUGUUCUCAGCUGUUAUAGUGAUUGUGUUUGUAAAUGCGAAGGUAAAUAUUUGUGAUCAAUGACACAAGGCCAAAAGAAUUUUCCCACGACGGAGGCCAUAAAACGUGGAUCCUUGGCACACGACCGCCACACGCAGCUCCAGCUCAAUCAGUACACAACUCACAAGUUCACUCAAAUUUAAUCGAUAUACAAUAUGGCGACUACGAACUACUGUAACCAACAAUCUGACUACGUCAGCAAAAUUCUGACCGAAAAACGAAAGGUAAGCCCUGUGCUGUUACGGUUCACUAAGUGAAAACUCUUUUUUAAAAUCAAAAUAUUGUUAUUAUUUACCUUGAUUUAUAUUCUCCAUCGUAGAAGGGUAUUAAUCGGCAGUUUCAUUGUUUUUCAGGCAAAAAAACCACUCAUGGAAAAGAUGAGACGAGCACGCAUUAAUGACAGCCUCAAUGAACUGAAAUCCCUUAUAUUAGAGGCGCUCAAUAAGGAUGUACGUAGUAUUAACAUCAAUGUUGUAGGAGAAUUUUUGUAAUAAUGAGGAGAAUUAACCAAGGCAGGUUGUGAUUUGAGAAUAUUUAUUAACAAUUAUUUUUCCAUGUAACAUUUAGGCUUCAAGAUAUUCCAAGAUGGAGAAAGCUGACGUGUUGGAAAUGACAGUGCACUAUUUGCGAGAAUUAAAAAGAAGAGAACAUCAAGGUAUUAUAAGAAAAAACAAUGUUAUCAGUUUGAUGAUAUUUAUUAUUUCACUAAUCCACACGUAUCACAAAUGUUUCAAAAAUUUAUAUCAACUAGGCGUUUAUAAUACAUAGGCAAUAUUUGGCCAAAAGAGAACCACGCCACUCGUUUUUUUUUUUUUUUUUUUUUUUACCAUAGCGAAGCAGUUAGCUUCCAAACUGUACGACCAAUUUAUCGCGGAGUUCACAGCACUGAAUCAGUUCAACAAUCGAUAGCUGCAGGACCUUUGCGUGGGGGGUCAAACAAUUACACGUUUAAUUCCGUCUAUUGAGUCAGUCAUGAGUAUGACAGACUAACAAAGUUUUAAAAUCUCGUAUUGACCUCAGCAAGUGAAUAACGACAUUUAUUCCACCAUAAACUAAUUGACACGCUGUUUUAUUUCAGACUUUUCCAGUAGCUCAGAAUGCAGAGCAAGCUAUGUGCAAUGUGCCUCUCAACUCACCAGAAAAAUGACGUCACCUGAAACUUGCGAGCAGCUUCAGGCAAACUUCUUAGCACAACUCGCAUCUCGUUGCCUGGGCAACAAAGCAAGCACAACCGUAACUUCUGUACCUUUGUUCAAUCCAGAAUCUCUGCAGUACAUGACACCUUUACAGCCUGUUAUGAUUCCGUUUCCGUCUCCUCCUCCUUCACCGCUUCAUGCAUCACCCAUGUUGCCCGCAUCGACAAGUCUGACACGAGAUAUGGUAUCCUUAUCUCCCAAUACGUCAAGAAAUAAUGUAUUUAUGUCAUCGCACGAAACCAAACUUAGCACACCUGGGUCAAGCUCGGCGCUUUGGAGACCGUGGUAGAAAUGAAAUAUCACU